UGGCGCUUCCCCUCCUCACACUCCCAAGCUGCUUCCAAGAACAAAAACCUCUAGGUUCUCUAACCAGCUCGAUCGUGCAGAAGAUGGCCUCCGCGACGCAGCAGCACCGGCGCCGCCACGCCAUUCUCCAGCUUGCCGCCCUGCUCGUCCUUGUCUCGCCGGCAGCGGCCGCUGGCGGCGCCUGCAAGAGCGAGAAGUUCCCUGCUGGCAGGAGCUACGAGACGUGCGCCGAUCUCCCGGCCCUCGGCGCUGCGCUGCACUGGACCUACGACGCGGCGGCCUCGUCGCUCUCCGUGGCGUUCGCGGCCAAGCCGGCGAGCGGCGCCGGCUGGGUGGCGUGGGGCAUCAACCCCACCGGCGAAGGGAUGAAGGGUGCGCAGUCGCUCCUCGCCUUCAAGAACAACGGCGCAUACGUCGUCAACACGUACAACCUCACCGGGUACAAACCGCUCAGCCCGACGUCCACUCCCAUUGCGUUCAAGGCCACCGAGCUCGCCGCCGACGAGGGAGCCGGCGGUAAGGUGCGGCUCUACGGCACGCUGCAGCUGCCCAAGGGCAUGGAGUCCGUGAACCACAUCUGGCAGGUGGGGUCCGCGGUGGCCAACGGGGUGCCGGCCAAGCACGCGUUCGCGCAGGAGAACCUGGAUGCCAAGGGCAAGCUCGUGCUCGCCGGUGCCGGCGCGCCGGAGGCCGCCCCGUCUCCUGAUGCCGGUGAUUCGUCCGCCGAGGCUGGUAGCAUGGAGACGGAGGCGCCGUCGUCGCCCACGCCGUCCGGUGGGAAGAAGUCAUCGCCGGCGGGAGCGGCGUCCACCACCCACGCCUCGGCUCCGGUGGUCAUCGUGCUUCUCGCAUUGGUUGGUUUCUUGGCGAUUGUAUGAUGUGAGUGAUAUUAAUUUGUCCACGGGAGGGAAAAGGAUGUAGGAUCGAUCGAGCUAGUUUUAUUAUCUCUUGGAUACCGAUAUAUAUCUUUCCUGUUCUUGUUUAUUUUUGUCUGGGUUGGAAUAAAAGUGAUUGCUGCAUUGUCAA